CUGCCGGCGCCAGACGCCGCGGUGGCCGCGGGGAGCUCGCCGGCUGGGCGAUGCGGCCCGUGGACGACACUGGGGCCGCCAAGCGGCUGGAGUCCGGGCUGCCGCUGGUGGACAUCCCGCCCCCGGGCUCCAGGGAAGAGUCGGCGGCCACCGAGGUAGCGGAGACGCCCGGCCCCGGCGGGUGCUGGCAGUGUCCUUCCUUGCCGUGCGGCUCGCGCGCGGAGCAGGAAGCUGAGAAGAAAGCACCCUGUCCUGGACUUGGCUUGUUUUACACAUUAUUGUCUGCGUUCCUAUUCUCAGUGGGCUCUUUAUUUGUUAAAAAAGUGCAAGACAUCCAUGCUGUAGAAAUUAGUGCGUUCCGAUGUGUGUUCCAAAUGCUAAUCAUUAUCCCUUGCUUAAUAUACAGAAAAACUGGGUUUAUAGGCCCCAAAGGUCAACGAAUCUUCCUUCUUCUCAGAGGAGUCCUUGGUUCUAGUGCCAUGAUCCUUUUAUACUACGCCUACCAAUCAACAUCCCUCGCUGAUGCCACGGUUAUCUCAUUUAGCUGUCCAGUGUUUACGUCUAUAAUUGCUUGCAUAUUUCUCAAGGAAAAGUAUAGCCCUUGGGACGCUGUCUUCACUGCAUUCACAAUCACCGGAGUGAUCCUUAUCGUGAGGCCGCCAUUUUUGUUUGGUUCCGAAGUCGAGGAGACGGAUAAAGACUAUUCAGUUCACCUGAAGGGUGCUUUCGCAGCACUUGUCCACGCUGUGUUUGCUGCCGUGACUUUAGUUAUCCUAAGGAAAAUAGGGACAUCUGUGGACUACAUGUUGAGCAUUUGGUAUUAUGUAGUAGCUGGCCUUACCGAGUGCGUCAUUGCCCUUUCUAUAUUAGGAGAAUGGAGUCUGCCGCACUGUGGGUUGGACAGGCUAUUUCUCAUACUAAUUGGGCUGUUUGGUUUGGGAGGUCAGGUGUUUCUCGCAAAAGCCAUUCAAAUAGAAAAAGCAGGGCUAGUAGCAUUAAUGAAGACUAUGGAUGUGGUCUUUGCUUUUAUCUUUCAGAUUAUUUUCUUUCAUGAUGUGCCGUCGUGGUGGACAGUGGGUGGCUCCUUAUGUGUAGUAGCCAGUAGCAUUGGAGCGGCCGUUCGUAAAUGGUACCAGAGCUCCAAAUAAAGCAUCAUUGCUGAAAUGUGUAUUUCUUUAAAGUACACCAUCACCCCGUUGAGACAUACCACCCGCCUACACACCUGGAAAAUCUGCAUUUACUUCAUUGACUAUAUACAUUUCAUAGUUAAGGUACCAUUUUUGAAUAUGGUAUGUCUUUAAUUAGUUGAGGAUAGCCAGUCAUUUGGGUGUAGCAAUUAUUAUUUUUUGUGUAUGUCAGUUAUUUUCUGGUUUUGGUUUUGGCUUUGGUUGUUGGGGUGGCAUUUGGU